AUGGGCAGGUCAGAAGUUCGGCCGGAGCUGGUCAAGGAAGUGCUGUCACAGGUGCUUGACCUGAGCCUGGCAGAGAUCAUGAAGACAGGCUUCUUGCACAAGACACGGAGCCGGCUCACGUUCCUCACCCGGGAUUGGGCCUCAAUGCUUCAUCAGGACGAGGAUACCGCUUGGAAACUGCAGGGCCUUUCUGGAGAUCAGCUGCUCACUAGGUGGGCCAACCACCAACUCUCACAGUUCAAGGUCGUGGCGAACGCUGUGAUGGAAGCAAUGUCAAAGAGGAGUUCACAGGAGGGUGGCGAGGAGGAGGACGACAUCGAGUGGUCCGCCAGGGAGAUAGAAGUGUACGGCGACCGCUGCCGUAUGAUCCGGGCAAUGCACCGGAUCCACCAGCUGGACGAUGACCAGGACGGUGCGCUGCUGGCGGUCGUCUACGGCGGAGUCUUCCAAACGCAGGAGAGCGCCUCAGCGGUGCCACCACAGUGGGCCGAUCCGGGGCGAGUGGAACAGCCACCUCCCUUCGUCGCCAAGGCGUCGGAAGUCCAUCCUCUCAGCUUGUGGCCUUUGGAUGAGAGGGAAGCAGAAGGACGCGCACUGGCCCUGUGCCAGGCGAUCCGACAGGUGAUUCCUGCAUGCCCAGGGAAGUUCCUCCUUCAACCGGGGGACAUCGCGCAGGGCAAGAAUAGUCUUCUCCCUGCCAUCCUCGCCGUCAUCUUCUUGAGUAACGUCACUUUGCCGUGCUCCUCUGGAAGUUACGACCUCUUCGGUGCCGUGUCCUUUUCUGUGUCGACGGUGUUGAACAAAGAGAAGGAGAUCAAGGGUGACAAGAUCCGCAAGCAGAAUACUCUGACCGCCGACGUGGAGAUUCACGUGGAGGUGCCCCCCGAGCUGCCAGCACAUCUCGAGGCGAUGACACUCGAAUCGAGGAGGAGAAUAUGCAGCUGGGUGGCUGCGGCUGAAGAUUUCACGGUUGGGUCGCGGGAGCUUCCCUCGGAGCACGACCCCGUAGCCAAGAGCAUCGUCGGGUGCAUUGACGUCAUGGCCGGGCCGUGGGCGAAUCAAAAGGCGCAGGACUAUUCGAAACUCCUUCUGCCCCACGAGGCGCUGUUGGAUUUCCUGGCCAUGCCAGCACCCGACAUUCUCCUGCGUUGGGUCAACUUUCAGUUGACUGGCGUUCCGGCUGGACAAGGUGCCACGCUCGAAAGCCUCGAUGACUUAGCAGGAAGCGAGAUGCUCCUUGAGAUCUUGUCACGGGUGGCUGCGGAUGUGCUCCCUCUGCAGGCCGAAGAGCAGGCGGCCCUGCGCCAAGCACACAAUCCCAGCACCACAGAGACUGCCACGCGACGCUUGGUUGUGGCGGUGGCCAAACGCUGUGCGAGCUACCACAUCCUCACCGAGGAGUCGCUGAAGGACGAGCAGACAGACCUGAUGGCUGCUUUUCUCGCGGAGCUGCUGGUCCACCGCCCUACGCUCCCUGCGGGGCCAGACACCCAGAUCCGGCAGCACAUGAGCAGCCUCUCUGCGAUCGUCCUUGAGGCCGCCAAGACGGAGCCCGGGGGCCUCCAAGAGCUCUGCGCCUACCUCAAGGAGCGGCAUGCAGAGAUUCAGUCUUCCCUACGGUCUUUGCAAGGGCAGCGGCAGAUCAUGGAGACUGUGAACACAAAGAUGAGGGCUUUUGCUCUGAAGAUGCUGGUGCAGCGAUCCAAAGGGGAGCCAUGCAACAUGCUGGAGCUCGCGAAAAAGGUCAGGAGUGCGGAAGUUCGCGGAGACAUGAUCUCUGGAGAUCGAAUCAAGGCUCUCAUCGUCAAAGAGGCGAAGAGGCUAGCGGCCGACGAAGGCAGCCAAGGAGCCGCUGGACGCAAUUCCGAAAUGGCGAUAAGUAUGGAGAAGAGCUCCGUCCAGGAGUUGCUCAGGAGGAGCAUGAGCAGCAUGAGGGACACGUUCCGUCACUAUGCGCGCGGCACUCUCUCUGGCAUAGAGACCGCCCCGAAAGAAGCGUCAAAGGGACGGAGGGGCAGCCGUGGGUCUAUCUCUGGCGAAGGGGGUCAGGUGCUCGUCGUGUCCCAGCGGAGUUUGAUGCGACUGUAUCGAGACUGCCGGCUCCAUACCACCAAGUUGACUCCUUUGGAGCUGGAGGAGAUCUUCAACGAGGUCCGGCUGUCCCAUGCCAUGAACUUCGGGCAAGAGGACACCAGUGCCGUACCGCUCUUCGACCAGGGCUUGUCCUUGGAGAUGUUCACCGAGGUUCUGCUCACCAUCGCCUGCAGGGCAAAGCUGGAGCUCUUCGCACCUACCGCGUGUGCCGAGAAGCUGGAGUUUCUGAUCGAGCACCACCUGUCCAUGGUAGGUACACCACGGGAUGAGUUCGUUUACGCCCUUAUCGUCGACACUUCCCUCGACGAGGUCUUGAACGAGUUCGCGGGAAGGCUUCGGUCCAUCUUCACGGCCUAUGCUGGCAGUGCCCGGAACGUGGAGCGAGACCGGCGUCGGCACCGGGGAGCCAUGGUUGAGGUCACGGCCGUCAGCACACAGAAACAGUCCAUGUGCAUGUCGCUUGACGCCUUCACGGACAUGCUAGGCCAUGCUGGCCUGCUCUCGAAGUCCAUCAAUCGGGCGCGAGUUGGCAUGAUCUUCCGCGGGCUGCAGGAGCUGCAGCGGUGUGCCGGUGAAGCCUGA